CCGCCUGAGCACGCCUGGCCGGACUUCCCCGAGGAGCUGCCAGACCUGCCACCAAGCCCUGGUCUUGAGGAGCCUAUGCAGGUUGACUGGCCUGGAGCUGGUGCCCCGGACGAGGUGGACCCAUUGCCUUGAACUGGGAACUGAAGUAGGAGAAAAUUUGAGAGAACCAUGAUGUCUCUUGGUGUCAGCAAAGGGGGUGUUAUUCCACCCAGUGAAGAAGAUCGCAAGAAGAUCAUCAGGCAGAUGAAGGUACGCACCACACUAAAAGGGGAUAAGAGCUGGAUCUACCCACAAAACUCAGACAAUGAGGAAGAGACGAAGAGCAGCCCAUUGCACUCACCAUGUAGGUCUGAGAAGAUUGACAGGGGAUCCCCAGCCUCAGCAUCUGUUACACCCCACGGUAACAGGUUGCCAAGUUCCAAGCCCAACUCCGGUUAUCUCAUCAGGGGGGUGUUCACCAGGACCAUUGACAAGACUCUGCCUGAAAGCACCUUCUAUUUCAAUGGCACGCCGAAAAGUACUGCAGCUCAGGCUAAGAGUGCCAGCCUCCCCCGCUUCUCCUCCGGAUACAAGAUGACAACUGAGGAUUACAAGAAACUGGCUCCAUUCAAUGUCAGGCAAAUAUCAGUGGAGUCAGAUGAAGAGAAACCAGCCUUUUCCCCAGAUGAACAUAAGAAGAGGACAGAGGCAGCCAACAGUGUACUGAGGCGCACAGCCAGCAGGGAGCGCUCUUACGUCCUCUCUGCUGCCAAGAAAAGCAAUGGAAGCCCAACACAAGAAGUACCACCCUUCAUUGCCAAGAGGGUUGAGAUUGAGGAGGAAGGAGGACGGCACAUGCAGAGUCAGACCCUUCUGACUUCAUCAAGGUUUGGUCUUGGUGGCAAAAGUGACAAAGUGGAUGAGGAGAAGCCUGUUGGGACUUCUCCAGGUGAAGCAACAACAUCCAAACCCACUCUGGCUACAGGCAGAAGUGAAGAAAGAGUUAUAAAUGUCCCCAAGCCAAUGCCUCAGAGUGAAAUAAAGUUGAGAGUCACCUCCUCCCCAGAGAAAAGUGACAAACCAGUUAAAGAGGAGCCUGACCUGAUCUCCUGGGAUGAAUCGAUUCCAAAAGCCACCACCAUUUCCACAGGGGAAAGCCAUGAAACAAGAAAACAGAAUACAUUGUUGGACCAAAAAUCUGAAGUUCCCCUCACGGUCAUCUCCCUGGAAACAAGCAGUAAGGGGUAUCCUGAUUCCCUAGAGGUUGACAAUGAAUUUGACCCAAUAAAGUCCAACUCAUAUUAUAUGGACAAUACAGCGGACCCCCCAUCUGAGACGCGCCACCGGUACAGGGUUACUGAAUACCUGGAUGACACAAAUUCUGACCUUACAAGGUCCAGCCCCCAAUCUAAAGACAUCCCCACACAUCCCACUGAUGCCAGAUUCACAGUCCCUGGAUACCUGGGUGAUACAGAUAAAAGAUCUGUCCCAUGCUAUGAGGAGAGACGUCCCACAAGAGAGAUCAAAUACGAGAGUACCAGAGCCACAGAACACAAAGAGCCUGAACUGAAUGUGACAAAGUCCAGCCCUUCUUCUGGAGACAACAGCGCUGUUACCCAAGAGGUCCGAUACAAAGUCCCCAUGCACCUGGAUAAUGAAGAAUUUGAUUUCAACAGCAGGUCCAGCUCUCAUUCUACAGAAAGCAAUGUUACUAUCAAUGACCCAAGACACAGAAUUCCUGGGUGUAUGGAGGCUGGGGAAUUGGACCCUGAAAGAAUUGUCCCAGGUCAUGAAGGGAGAAGCAGCCCCAGGAACACCAGAUAUGAGAGUCCUAAAGCCAGAGGGCACAAUGAAUUCGACACCAAUAUGGGAAGGCUUCCCUCAGCUUCAAGUGAGAGGAUCUCCAUGUCUACUGCCAGCUCUCAGUACCACAGCUCAUCAGCCGGGGGACACAAGUCCAGCCCCAGCACUGCAAGCAAAGGGAUCCUCUUUGUGAAGGAGUAUGUGAACAGCCGUGAGUUAUCUCCACGCUACAGCAGUGACAGCCUGGUUGAUUUGCCUGACAUAGAGAGAGCAAACUACCUGCACACCAGUGCCUCCCAGAGGUCAUGUGACGGUGUCUGCACUUACUGUGGCCAUGAGAUCCGAGACUGCCCUAAGAUAAUGAUAGAACAUCUCAAUGUUUACUGCCAUGAAUACUGCUUUAGGUGUGGGAUUUGCCAUAAGGCAAUGGGAGACCUCUUGGAUAAAAUAUUCAUUCAUCGUGACAUUGUCCACUGUGACCAGUGCUAUGAGAAGCUCUUCUAGAUCUUGAAGAACUGAAGGAGCCAACCAGUUGGAAGACUUCAGCAGUGUAUAUGGGAAUGUAUCCAGCAGUGCCUGACUGGCUAAGAUACCAAAUCUCCUGCUACCCCUUUCCUGGAGUUAUUUCCCUCUCACCAUCUCAUCACAAUGAAUGAGUUUAACAUCCACUAGUUUAUUUUGUUAACAGCACACAAGACAAGUGCUGACAUUAAGGAGACAAGGGAGUGUCCUCUGUAAAAGAGAAGUGGCCUGAUUUCUGAAAGGUGCAGAGCACCUCCAGCUACCAUUAACUUCAGUGGGAUUUGAGAGUGCUUAGCACCCUGGAAAUCAGGCAGAAGCUUCUCUCUGAAGCUAUGUUAGGAUUUUCUUUGAUCUUUCCCUUUCUUUGAUUUUUACAAUCGGAGUGCAUCUUGGUCUGCAUCUGAUUACAUCAAUCAGGCUGCCUAUAGGUACUAAAGGUGUGAAAGGCCAAGCUUAGGGUCUUGGGAACUUAUCCAAUGCAGGCUGAAUCUAGCUGUAAGAGAACUUCAUUCCCAUAUUCUGAUGAUAAAUGACAAUUGCUUUCCCCUUGCCUGCAAUGGAUUUUCUGAAGAACUUGCAGACUGACUUUGCCUUAAUUGUGUGUGAGCUUCAAUUUCCCUUCUCUUCCUACUCUCCAGUGGAUUUCUUCAGCACCAUGCAUGUCUGCUACAUGUUUUGGAGGGCUUGCACAUUUUUUCAUCUGGUAUGCUAGUUUAACUUUGUGUGGGGUGACUCUGAUGGCCUUACACAACAUGCCCAGUGAAUAUUCAACUCUACUGUCCCUCAUUACAAGGAAUAUCUCUCAUCUGAGAUCUAAAUUGACUUCCGUAUAAAUGCCUGUUGUUAUCCCACUUCUAUAAUUACUGUAAAUUAUUUACAGCACAAAUGCUGAAGCACAAAACUUAGGUUGAAACAAAUGUUGUACAUAACUCAAAAUAUAGCUCUUGUGUAAUUUUUAGCUCUCACAUUCAGCCUUUGUUAAGGUUGAGAGUUAUGCCACUGAGAUUGUUGAUCACCCUGAAUACUUAGCCACCUUGCCUUAAAAUAUAGCUCCAAGUAUUCAUCACUCAUAUUGGACACCUCAAAAUUGAGGCACUCAAUCACUGCUCGCUUUUAAAAAUCUUGGUGUGAAGUACCUUGGGAACCACUGGAAGAGUAGCUGGGACAAGGUAGAUGUGUUUGGGGCACUAUUUUUGUUGCAAAACUCCUGUUGCAAGGCUGGCUCUCCCACAGUCCAAGGGGAUUAUUUAAAUUCCCACAACACGACACUCUAUUAUAGGUGCUCCUUCUGCGGAAGAUACACACAGCUAAUUGUUAACUAAUUCCAUAGUUUCCUGUUUGGUGUUUGAUAUGAUCUUGCAAAGCAUUGCGGAAUAGGCUUCAAUUCAUUACAGUUUUUUUGCUUCAUCGUUGUUGGUUGCUGUGUUUCUCUGUAGCACUUGUUUAACAUCUAUGUACAAUUCUAAUAAACACCGAGGUGUUACCUGUAAUUUACUUACCUGUGUC